GCCAUAUUGUGUAACGCGGACGAAGGAGCGAAGAAGAAAUGACCGGGCAUAAACAUGGCGUCUGCCUUAGACGACGAGGAGAUCUCCAGUGAUGAUUACUAUUCUCUACUAAAUGUCCGGCGAGAGGCGACACAGGAGCAGUUGAAGGCGGCGUACAGGCGGUUAUGCAUGUUAUACCACCCAGAUAAACAUCGGGAUCCAGAACUAAAGCGCCAAGCGGAGCAGCUUUUUAACCUGGUACAUGAAGCUUACGAAGUGCUUAGCGAUCCACAGGCACGAGCAAUCUACGAUAUCUAUGGCAAGCGUGGACUGGAUGUUGAUGGGUGGGAGGUGGUGGAGAGGAAACGAACUCCUGCAGAGAUUCGAGAGGAGUACGAGCGUCUUCAGAAGGAGCGUGAGGAGAGGAGACUCCAGCAAAGGACCAACCCCAAGGGAACAAUUAGUGUGGGCGUUGAUGCCACAGACCUCUUUGAUCGCUACGAGGAGGACUAUGAAGACAUGGUUGGAGGCGGUGUCCCACACGUGGAAAUCAAUAAGAUGCACAUAUCACAAUCCAUAGAGGCCCCUCUGACCACAAAUGACACAGCCAUCUUGUCUGGUUCUUUGUCGACACACAAUGGAAACGGAGGCGGGACUAUUAACUUGGCCUUGAGGAGAGUCACUUCAGCUCAGGGUUGGGGGGAGAUAGAGCUUGGCGCUGGGGACACACACGGACCUCUCUUUGGAAUGAAGAUCUUCCGAAAUUUGACGCCGCGCUUCUAUGUGACGGCGCAAUGCGGACUCCAGUUUUCGUCCCGGGGCGUGCGUCCUGGCGUCAGCACGGUGCUGGCCCGUCACCUGGACAAAAACACGAUGGGUUACCUGCAGUGGCGUUGGGGGAUCCACUCUUCCAUGAACACCAGCAUCGUCAGGGACACCAAGAGCAGCCAUUUCACCUUAGCAGUGCAGCUGGGCAUUCCACACACUUUUAUGAUGAUGAGCUACCAAUACAAGUUCCAGGAUGAAGACCAGACCAAGAUUAAGGGCUCAAUAAAGUCUGGUUUCUUUGGGACUGUGUUGGAGUACGGCGCUGAGAGGAAAAUCAGUCGACACAGCGUUUUAGGAGCCACGGUCAGUGUCGGGGUGCCACAGGGUGUCUCGCUCAAGGUCAAACUAAACAGAGCCAGCCAGACGUACUUCUUCCCUAUUCACCUGACUGAUCAACUUCUGCCAAGUGCUGUAUUUUACGCCACAGUUGGACCGCUGGUUGUCUACCUCGCCAUGCAGCGACUCAUUAUCCGGCCAUACGUGCGGGCCCAGAAGGAACAAGACUUGGAGAAGCAGCGUGAAAGUUCGGCCUCGAACAUAGCCAAAAAGAAACAGGAGGCCGAGGCGGCGGUCUUACUCAUGCAGGAGUCCGUGCGGAGGAUUAUUGAAGCCGAGGAGUCUCGAAUGGGUCUCAUCAUCCUCAAUGCCUGGUAUGGCAAGUUUGUGACGGACAACAGCCGGAAACACGAAAGGGCCAAAGUGAUUGACGUGAGCGUGCCGCUGCAGUGUCUGGUGAAAGAUUCCAAACUCAUCCUAACCGAGGCCGCAAAGUCAGGCCUCCCUGGUUUCUAUGACCCCUGUGUGGGGGAAGAAAAGAGCCUCAAGGUGCUGUAUCAGUUCCGCGGCGUCAUGCAUCAAGUCCUGUCAGGAGACUCUGAACCACUCAGGAUACCAAAGCAAUCUCACAGGGUUGAUGCAGACACAUAGGAGUACCUGUAUUGACUCCCCCUCACCUCUCUCAAAAAAGCCACAUCUCUCAGCUCUUCAAGGAGACGGAUUCAUCUUUGUUUUAGAUACAACAGGGAGCAAGUAUUGGUCACCAAAAAGUAUUUCUCUAUCCUUGGUCUUUAUAUAGAUCAGUUAAACAUGCAGAAUGGUAAAUGAAGCAUUACAAAGGGUAGCUGUGGACAAUGUGACUCUAAAAUAAAUGAUUACCAUCUUCUUAAAGCCUACCCAUUGUACAUUUACUUGAGUUAAGUUUUAUAAACAACUUUUUUGACCAAGUUGUUUGACAUUGCAGUGCCUAUGUGAUUUAAAACAUAAUUGCGCCUGUUUGUUUGCCCUAAUAUUAAAAUUGGUCUCUGGCAUGGUUAA